CUCGACCCCCAUGAGAGGCCUCCAGAACACAUUAAGAAUGUCUACAAAACCUAUCAAAAGAUGAAGCCAAAAGAUCUGGCUGUAGACCCAAACAUCAUAGACUUCACGAGAGGAUUAUCAGAAACACAGCAGGCAUCUAUCAAAGUCAUUGCUAAACUUGAGCCCGAGAAGCUCAAAAAAGCUUUCCGCGAUUUCGAAAGUAGCGAAGGCAGCUUCAGCGACGAGAUCACAACGCCAAUUAGAGUGUACGAGCACUCAGAUAUGCCAGGCCUCCACAUCUUCCCCUCCCUCCUCCCAGCCUCCACCCAACGCACCCUCCUCACCCGCCUCCUCCAUCGCGACCUCUCCAGCCCGUCCCACCUCACAAACCUCCACACGCACUACACCCUCACCUACCCGCCAUCCCCUUCCUCGUUCUUCGCCCACCCUCCCUCCUCUCCCCUCACCAUCGCCACACCCCUCACACCCACCAUCCACCGCCCCCUCCCCAUCUCCCCGCUCCUAACCCGCAAGCUCCGCUGGCUCACCCUCGGCGGCCAAUAUGACUGGACCGCCAAGUCCUACCCUGCCACCCCUCCGCCGCCGUUUCCCACCGACAUCGCCGCGCUUCUCGCCUCUAUCUUCCCCGAGACGCGGCCGGAAGCCGCGAUUGUGAAUCUGUACACGCCUGGCGAUACGCUGUCCGUGCACCGGGAUGUCGCGGAGGGGAGCGAGAGGGGGCUGAGCUCGGUGAGUUUGGGGUGUGAGGGGGUUUUUGUGGUUGGGUAUGGGAAAGGGGAUGGGGAAGGGGAGGGAGAGGGGACGGUGUUGACGUUCGGGCUGCCGUCGGGAAGUGCGGUGUAUAUGAGCGGCGAGGCGCGGUGGGCGUGGCAUGGGGUGCCGCAAGUGGUGGCGGGGACGUGUCCGGGGUAUUUGGCGGAUUGGCCGGCGGAGGAGAAGAAAGAGGAGGAAGAAGGGAAGGGGGGAGAGGAAGGGGAGUUCGAGGCGUGGAGGGGGUGGAUGGCGAAUAAGAGGGUUAAUUUGAAUGUGAGGCAGAUGUGGGAUUGA